AUGCUGCUGGACACCUGGUCAGACAGUCCUGGCUGGCUUCAGAUGAUGUCGAAAGCAUGGUGGCAUUUGCGGCUCGAGAUGCGAAAAUCCCCUGUUUUGUCCCGGACUGCCCUCCAUGGUCAGUGGAUAGCCCAGGAGUCCAAGCUCGCCCUGAUCAGGUCCUCAAGCUACGUAAGGCGUAUGGAGUUUGCUUCGUUACCCACCACAUUAAUCACUACUGCGCCCUUUUUGUCAACCAGAUCACUGGCCGAUCCUUCUGGUACGACAGCCUCUGGAAAGGAGGGGAAUCUACCCUCCGUUUUGCCCUUGAUAUGGACCGCCUCUAGACCGAAAUACAACUUCUACGCGGAUGAACAAGCGCACGGCGCUACGGCGGUUGACAAGCCUAUGCUAGAAACCUUUCUGACGUCAGACAAGAUAUGCUUCACAUACCCAGGAGAGGCCGAGUACCUCGGACCACGACGCCAAGUUAACCCGUACUAUCUCACCAGAUUGUUGCGACCCGGACUUCGGCCUCGCAGCCACUUCAGCGGCCAACGAGAAUGGAUGCCCCGAAAAGAGCCACUUGUACCCAACUUUGAUAAGCUCUUGAGCGCGACAACUAUCGAUGUGUGA